CAAAUCAAAACCAUCAUUUUUAUUUUUUACUUAACGCCGUUGUUCUCUUUGUCGUUUGCAGUCUGGAAUGAAAUAAACAAGCAGAAACUUUCUGACAAAUUGAAAUGGGUUGGGCUUCACUCUCUCGAGUCUUCUCUAACAAGAAAUAAGAGUAGGGUUCAGCAAGCAGAAAUUGUGAUUGAUAUUCAGUGUGUGAUUUCCUUGAGAUUAAACCUAAAACUGAAACCAAAGGCAUAGAGCAUGGACGGGGAUUCGAAAACCAGACUUAGGGUGUAGAGUUAGUUGCAUUCGUAUGUUUUACCAAUGGGGUGUUAGCUGGUUUUCAUUCCCUCAAAAUUCCUAUGUUUUGUUGGACUGAUUCAGGUCUUUGGUGUGCUCUAAAGUGGUCUUAGGUUCAAGUUUCCUCCCCUUCCUAAUGACCCAAAAAAACCUAUAUUUUAUUUUAUUUUAUGCUUUCCUGGAUAGUGCUGGCUGGGUUGGCCUGUUUUCGAUGCCGGGUCCGUCAUGAAUCUCUCUGGGCCAUUGGUUGUAAAGCCCGUAAUUGUAUCAAUUUUUCAUUAAUUCGGCUGUUAUUUAUUUAAAUUCUGCCACAAAACGAACGAAUCAAACGCCGAAACUCAAAAGCGCGCCAAGAAGCUGCGUAUCUCAUUCUCAUGGCCAUCGACUCUCUCGUCCUCGGCGCUGGGCAAGAGGUAGGUAAGAGCUGUGUAGUGGUGACAAUCAAUGGGAAGCGAAUCAUGUUCGACUGCGGAAUGCAUAUGGGGCAUCUAGACCACCAACGCUACCCCGACUUCUCUCUCAUUCCUAAACCCGAACCCGACCCGAACUUCGAUCACGCCCUCACUUGCAUCAUCAUCACCCACUUUCACUUGGAUCACGUUGGAGCCCUCCCUUAUUUCACGGAAGUCUGCGGUUAUCGUGGCCCCAUUUACAUGACGUAUCCGACAAAGGCAUUGGCUCCUAUAAUGUUGGAGGACUAUCGAAAAGUGAUGGUUGAGCGAAGGGGUGAGGAAGAACAGUUUUCUUCUGAUCACAUUGCCGAAUGCAUGAAGAAAGUUAUACCGGUGGAUCUGAAGCAAACAGUGCAGGUUGAUAAAGACCUUCAAAUCCGUGCGUACUAUGCAGGACAUGUUCUUGGAGCUGCAAUGUUUUAUGCAAAGGUGGGAGACGCUGCUAUGGUAUACACAGGAGACUAUAAUAUGACACCAGAUAGGCAUCUUGGAGCAGCUCAAAUUGAACGACUAAAUUUGGACCUUCUUAUUUCAGAGUCCACAUAUGGAACAACCAUCCGGGAUUCAAAAUAUGCCCGGGAAAGAGAAUUUCUCAGAGCUGUUCACAAAUGCGUCGCUGGUGGUGGAAAAGUGCUAAUUCCAACAUUUGCUCUUGGGAGAGCUCAGGAGCUCUGUAUCUUGCUGGAAGAUUAUUGGGAGCGCAUGAAUCUAAAGGUUCCUAUUUACUUCUCAGCAGGUCUGACCCUUCAAGCCAAUAUGUACUAUAAGAUGCUUAUCAGUUGGACCAGCCAGAAAGUUAAAGAAACGUACUCCACACGCAAUGCAUUUGAUUUUAAAAAUGCUCACAAGUUUGACCGUUCUAUGAUCAAUGCUCCUGGACCUUGUGUUCUGUUUGCCACACCAGGGAUGAUCAGUGGUGGUUUUUCACUUGAAGUUUUCAAGCACUGGGCUCCUUCGGAAAUGAAUCUUGUUACACUGCCCGGGUAUUGCGUGGCUGGAACUAUAGGACAUAAAUUGAUGUCGGGUAAACCCACCAAAAUUGAUAUGGACAAGGACACGCAAAUUGAUGUGCGAUGCCAGAUUCAUCAUCUGUCUUUCAGUCCUCAUACAGAUGCCAAAGGGAUUAUGGACCUUAUCAAAUUUCUCUCCCCCAAGAACGUGAUACUUGUUCAUGGCGAGAAGCCUAAAAUGGCUACUCUAAAAGGAAAAAUACAGUCCGAACUGGGAAUUCAAUGUCAUGACCCUGCAAACAAUGAGACUGUCUCAAUUUCUUCAACCCACUAUGUGAAGGCAUUAGCUUCGGACGCAUUUAUCCGAAGCUGCUCAAAUCCAAACUUCAAGUUUUCGAAAGGCAGCCAAGAAGAUGAACACGGUUCAAAUUCGAGAAACAAUAAUUUCACUCCGCGACUGCGAGUAAGUGAUGAAAGGGUAGCAGAAGGGGUCUUGGUUAUGGAGAGAAACAAAAAAGCCAAGGUAGUACACCAAGACGAGCUUCUGCUCAUGUUAGGAGAAAAGAAGCACCAAGUUCAAUUUGCUUAUUGCUGCCCCGUUGAUAUUGGCCACUUGGGAGAGACCAAAAGUUCAACAACAAAUGAUGGGCAGCUUUGCAAAUCUGAGACAUGCUCUCGGCUUCUUCGCCAAUUUUGUAAUAUAGGAAGGAAGAGGCGAGCACACACACUCUCUCUCUCUCUCUCUCCAAACAUGUCCUCGGAAUCUUCGGCUACGACGGCGGCAGCGGCUGAGUCCCAUGCGCCGCUCCUCCUUCCCCGCCAGGCGAGCAGCGGCCGCGACUCCUCCGACCUCGGCUCCCCGACCGCCCGACCCGCCACGCUGGCGAUGCUGCUGGGGCGGGCCACCGGUCGCCGUGGCCCCUCGAUGCUGGUGCGGGAGACGGCGGCCCGGGAACUGGACGAGCGGCGCGCCGACUGGGGCUACUCCAAGCCGGUGGUGGCUCUGGACAUGAUGUGGAACACGGCGUUCGUGGUGGUGUCGGUGGCGAUGCUGAUAUGGACAGACCAUGAGCACCCAAACACGCCGAUCCGGCUGUGGAUCUGUGGAUAUGCGCUGCAGUGUUUCGUGCAUGUGGUGUUGGUGUGGGUUGAGUACCAGAGAAGGAAUAAUAUUGCUCGGAGGAUCAGUAGAAGAAACCAGGACGCCCAGCAGAACCAGCACCAGGUCGAAAUCGAUGCAAAUGAUACCGACGAUGAAGAAGCAGCAGCAGCAGCUAGGGAUUUGGCGAUUUCCACGCGCUCCAGUCUCUCUAAACGAUGCGAAACAGUGAAUACAAUGGCAUCGUUUCUCUGGUGGAUAGUUGGCUUUUAUUGGGUAGUCGCUGGCGGUGAAGUUCUUCUGCAAAAUGCUCCACGUUUGUACUGGUUGGCUGUGGUUUUUCUGGCAUUUGAUGUCUUCUUUGCCAUCUUUUGUGUUGUUCUGGCAUGUUUGAUUGGAGUUGCUCUUUGUUGCUGUUUGCCAUGCAUCAUUGCAAUUCUUUAUGCGGUUGCUGGACAGGAAGGUGCAUCUGAAGCAGAUCUCAGUAUUCUUCCAAAAUACAGAUUUCGAUCGAGCAGUGAGGAAAAAUCUAGUGUUGGAGCAGGGAAAAUGAUUCCAGUAGAAACAAGCAGUGGGUACUUAGCAAUUGAGCGUAUACUUUUACCUGAGGACGCGGAAUGUUGUAUAUGUCUCAGCCCCUAUGAGGAUGGUACAGAGCUUCACACUCUUCCUUGUAAUCAUCAUUUCCACGCUACUUGCAUUGUGAAAUGGCUUAAAAUGAAUGCAACAUGUCCUCUCUGCAAGUACAACAUUCUCAAGGGAAAUGAACCGGUUUGAAGGAUCAACAGGACAUUGCAAGUGGUUGGUUCUGCACACAGUGGCGUAUGUACAGAAAUGUCAUGGCAUAAAGAGCAAAGAUUUUAAAUAUUUAUUGAUAUUGAAUUACAGCAUAGUUAACUAGACCUCAUUUUGUCUGUUUUCCGGCCAUUUGGAGUCGUCUUGAUUCUUUCUGUUUUCGUCUGUGCUGUUCCAUGCCUGUGCAAAGAUGGAGAAAAAGAUACAGGCUUCAACAUCUUAAUGUGUUACUAGGGUUCCUUUCUUAGCAAGGAAAACGAUUGUUUUACAUAUUUAUCAUGUAUUUCUGUUGAUAUGAGGUUGCUAAGAAUGUGUGGUGUAACUCGGUUAUUCUGGCAGUAGUCUUAGUUAUAUAUGAACUAAUAACAUCGUUUUGUUGAACGCCA